CUACUAUAUAGAAAGCCCCUUGUUAUGCUAUAAUGAUUAAGAAUUGUACUAAAGGCACUUUUUAAAAAAUCCAUCAUCUUCAGGAUCCCGAGACCACCCCCCCUCUCCAAACUUUCCGACAAAUCAUGCGUAGACAAGAAAAGAAGUGAGAGGAAAAUGUCAGCAGAGUCAUCUCCUAAGUAUGAAGUAUUCCUGGGCGGGUCAUGCAACCCUACAACGUGGCGACAGAACGUAGCCAUUCCUAUGCUGAGGGAUCAAGGCAUUUCUUUCUAUAAUCCACAAGUGUCUCAUUGGGAAGAAGAAUUAGUUGAGCUGGAAUAUAAAGCUAAACAAACUGCAUCAGUUUUGUUUUUUGUUUUUGACCGCAAUACCCGGAAUGUUGCAUCCAUGAUUGAAGCAGCGUACAUGGCUGGGUGCCGUCGCAAACUGGUGGUUGUCAUGGAUUCCUACACAGGCCCUGGACAGCUCAUCAAUGGGGAAGCUAUUUCUGAACAAGAAUACGAAGAUCUGACGAAUGGCCUUCAUACAGUUCAGGAUGUGGUGGAAUGUCAGGGAAUACCAGUCUUUGGUGAAAUCAAUCAUGCGCUCAACUGUACAGCUAAGAUAUUAAGAGAAAACCUUCACCCUCAAGAUUUGGGUGCAGAGGAUCAUGUUCAGCCUAUUAAAUACCCUUACCUCCAGUUGGGUGAUAAACUUAUAAAACUGCAUGAUGCCUUUGUCAAUACAAACUCAGAGCAAAUAACUUUAGCAGAGGCUCGUGUAGUUUAUAAGGUGGUGACCAAUAAGGAUCUAACUACAGAGGAGCUUCGGGAUAUUGUUGCUGCAAAGAAAGGUAAGAAUAUACAAGAACUAAAUGGUGCAGAGCUCCCACUAAAUGAAGUGUAUCUAACAUUCGAUGAAUUAUGCUGUAUAGUUGCCGAAUUUAAAAACCAAAAUCUAGAAAGCCGGAGACUGUGGGACGUCUUCACUCAUUCUGUACAGAAGGUAUUAGGUUGGGCGCUUCCACGCAGACCGUUACGACAAAUCAGCAAUACUGGUGGUCGAGACAUCUAUUUAGGUGGUUCUAUGGGUAAUAGAGUUACAUGGCGUGAAACUGUUGCCAUUCCUAUGCUCCUGAAACAUGGGUUGUCAUAUUUCAAUCCUGCAGCAGGUGCCUGCUCAGGACGUUUGCUGCCUAUGGAAGCUGCAUUGAUGGAGCAUUCAAGAGUCUUGCUCUUUGUCAUCACUAACACAACCAGAGGUGUCUCAGCCAUGGCACUGGCCUCUCACUACAUUGGGCUUGGUUGUAAUGUCGUAUUGUGUGUCCAGAUGAUAACGGAUGAAUCACUUGUUAAUGGAGAAAGGUUGUCAAGAUCGGCAUUGAAGGAUUACAACAGGGGAAGAAGUUACCUCACUGACCAGGCUAAUAAGGAUGGGAUCCCUGUUUUCAUAAACAUCCAGGAAGCUGUCGAGUGUGCAAUUAGCAAGUGUCUUACGAGAUAGUCAUACAGACAUUAUUCAUAAAAAAAAUUUGUGAUAAAAUAAGUGAUGUUAAAUUGUAAUACAAGUUACUCUUUCUGAUGCACGAAGGACAUCUGACUUAGCCUAAGGCAAGUAUGUUGGUUUUGAAAUUUAACCAAGUGGAAAUUUGGCAAUGAAUUUUGAAACUGCAUUGCUAAUGUUGAAAAAUUUACUUGUGCUGCAAGUAGCUUGAAUAUGAUGAAUGAAAAGGAACUUUUCAUUGUAGUCAAGAAAAAUCAGUGCAUUGUAGGUUGAGGAAGAAAAAGAUCACAUUUGUUCUGUAGAUUUUUCAUUAUACAUUUUUACCUGAUCUUAAGUGCAGCUUUUUGAGACCCUGCAGGCAGCAAGAAUAAUUCUGUGCAGUUAAAAUGUGUUGUGAAAGUCUUAGCCAUAGACUCCUUUGACUUCGGUGAAGUUUACACACACCAUUUAUUUACUAUUUCAUUUAUUUUUGGGUGCAUUUCGUUAAUUCAGCGAGUGCACACAUUUGCUUUCUGACAAAUCCUCAUGAAAAUCAUCAUAUAUGCAGACUAUAAGGUAUUAAUGCUUUGGUGCUAAUGUGAUUUAUCAUGAGGUAAUGUAAAGUACUGUGCCAGUGCAAUCUAUCAAUCCAUUAGUUAUGGGUCCAGAGUGGCAGGAGCCACGUAGAGAAGGGAAACAAAAUUUCAGUGUUGUACGAAUUUGAUUCCUGAAAGACUGUAAAAAUGUAAGUGAUAAUUACUUAAGAACAACUUUAUAUCUUGUUAAAUGAAGUCCAAGUGACACUAUUUUCAUUGCUACAAAUUCAGUUUUGUAUAGCUGAAAUUAAAAUGUGGUUUAAAAAGUUACUGUGGAUCACAUGCCCAUGACAGGGUCAACUAUUUUAAUCCUUUGCUGUAUUCAUCCUUAAAUCAUUACCUAAGGGAUAAAAUAGCUGAUCAUACUACAUAAGCAGUGGACAUAGGAAGACUUCUCAGGUUACAGAAAGAUAUGUAGUCAGUUGUACAUUUGGAAAGUUAAAUAAUCAAUUGAAUGGCUAGUGACCAUUAUAAAACUUUCAAUUGACUAGUAAACAAUCGACUCAUAUUUUGAAUUGAAAUAAGUCUAGCUGUUCAGUUGAUUUUCAGUUUCCAAAAGCAGUCAUAGUUCAUUGUGUGGCCAUUGUUUAGUACAGUGGUGAAAGUGUGCUCCAUUCUGGUUCCAGGAGGAGGCCAAGUACAAUCUCCCAUUGCAGGAAAAUCUCUUAAGAGUUGGAUGCAAUAGUGUAAUUUAAUUCACGUGAGGUAUUAUGUAGGGCCACAUGAGGUAUGUUUCUCAAUGUUUUAAGAUUCUCACUAGGUUGUACAACAUGAUGGCGCAUCACUUACCAAUACAUUCCCAUUGUUAAGUGUUUUAAUGGUGCUUCUAUGUUUUAACAGGGAGGGUUACUGGUACAAGGCAGCUUAAUCUUUAAAUAGCAUUCAGCUUAACACUUUCAUGAUUAAGCUAUAUUUACUGUCAUUCCACUGUUAUGGUGACAAUGAUGUUAAAAAAAAAUCUUCAAAUUGGUCAAUAGUUUUUUUCAUUAUCUCGAGUACAGUACAUUAUAAAAUAUUGAGUUUGAAAAAUUUAUUUUCGUUUUACAAAUUGUUUUGUGCAACUUAUUAACCCUUAAACUGUCCAAGCAGAUCUACGUUUUUUUACACGUUUUCAAAUGUCGAAAAAACGUAGAUCUACGUUUGGACAGUAAGGGUUAAAUAACUUAAAUUUUUUGCUACGACAUACAGUAAUUAAUUUAGUUGGUAUGUAGUAUCCUAUAAAAUAGCUUUAAUUGUGGUAGGCUGAUCAUAUCACAAAAAAUUUUUUGUUAAAAAAUCACUCUUGGUUAAUGACUAAUGAUGCAAUAGAGAGAGAUUACUGUACAUUUUUAUCACCUGUUAAUAAUAUUUCAAUAUUAUGAUGGCAUCUAAGAAAAAUGAAUUACUCAAAUACAUAGAUUAUAUCUUUUAUUUUAAAGGGGUAGCACUAAACUAACUAAGGGGUCAUGAGAAUGGAAGGCAGUUAAUUUGAUCCAAGGAAAGGAAGGUAGCUUCAAUUCUUUGGAUCAAGAGCCUUUCACUGGCAUGGCACCUCCUUUGAAAGGUACAUAAUAAUUUUUUCUUUAACUACUACUGUUGUCUACAUUGUCUUGUUUUCCUACAUUUAAAGCAGGUAAUAUAUGAAAACUUUGCCCAAAUACUGUUACCUUAUCACAUUUAAGCCUUUUAUUUUUGAAGACUGACUCAGCAGUAUUCCUGAUGACUUCUGCAUGUUUCUUCAAAGUAGGAUAGCAAGUCACCACUUGCUUAACAGGCUUCUUGAAAGAAUCUUGAUCACAUCUCUUUUUAAAUUAUCUUU